GCCCUCGCCGUUGGCGCUUCCGCCAAGAACUACCUUGGUUUCAACUCCGGUGCCACCCUCGCCGACCGAUCCGCCAAGUUCAAGGCCGACUUCAAGGCCGAGUUCGAGACUGCUCAGGGCCUCAAGGGCGCCCCCGGUGACUUCAGCGCUGUCCGACUCUACACCAACAUCCAGGCCUACUCUCAGGAUGACCCCAUCGAGGCUUUCGAGGCUGCCAUCGAGACCGAGACUUCCAUCCUCCUCGGUGUCUGGGCCUCCGGAACCGACAACAUUGACAAGGAGAUCAGCGCCCUGAAGAAGGCUGUUGCCAAGUACGGCACUGAGCUUACCGACCUCAUCAUCGGUGUCUCCAUCGGUAGCGAGGAUCUCUACCGAAACUCGGUCACUGGUGUCAAGAAUAAGGGUGGUGUCGGUGUUGACCCCGAUGUCCUCGUCGACUUCAUCGACGACUUCCGCACUGCCUUCAAGGGCACCCCCAUCUCCAAGGUUCCCCUCGGCCACGUCGACACCUGGGAUGUCUGGGGCAACGUCACCAACAAGCCCGUCCUCGACGCCAUUGACUUCAUCGGUGUCGAUGAGUACCCCUACUACGAGAACGACAAGGGCAACAGCAUCGAGAACGCUGGCAAGCUCUUCGACAAGGCCUACGAGGCCACCAUUGCUGCCGCCGGUGGCAAGCCCGUCUGGGUCACUGAGACCGGUUGGCCCGUGACUGGUCCCGACUGGGAUGAGGGUGUCCCCAGCGUCAAGAACGCCCAGAAGUACUGGCGCGAUGUUGGCUGCCGCCGCCUCUUCAACCAGACCCCCACCUUCUGGUACACUCUCCGUGACUCCAACCCCGACAACAAGAUGAAGUUUGCCAUCACCAAGGACCUGUCCACCAACCCUCUCUUCGACCUUUCUUGCGACGGCUACGAGGAGGAGGAGACCUCCACCUCCUCCAAGGCUGCCACCAAGACCCGCACCAGCGGUUCUUCCAAGGCUACUGACACCGAGGAUGCCGAGUCCACCGAGACCACCAGCGCUGCCCACAACAACUCCACUACCACCGCUACUGGCACUGGCUCU